UUAUGCCUGCUUCUAGGUCGGUGUCAUCACUUGGAAAAGAGGCGGCGUUUUCUUCUUUACAAUAAUCACAUGAGUGAUCUCGUAGUUUCUGAUUAGCCAUAGCGGACAGGAAAAAUGCAACCAAUUACAGAUUUUUUAGCAUUUCUAGUUCCUGGAUAUAAGUGUAUCUAACUUUCGCACAUAAAUGCGAUAGGGUAUGUUGAAAUCAACAUUUUACAUUCAACACAGACGAAGGAAUUCGCCUCUCCUGGUAGACUAACGUCAAUUCCAAUGACAUUUUGCCCAGCAGAACACUACAACUAGCUUCUUACCUACCGCAUCGGUUCUGUUCAAGAAAGAAAGGAGAAGUUUGGAGAAAGCAGAAGAGAUUUGUUUUAACCGGGGGUGAGACCCCCUUGGGUCGACGCUGCAGAAAUGGACGUGUUUGCAAACAGUUUGGAUGACGUGUCGGCCGGCAGCAGCACAGAGUUCCCUGAUAGGCUGUCUCUCAUGGAGGCGCGGCUUCAAACACAGGAAGACGAGAUGACGCUGCUCAAGUCGGCACUCAGCGACGCACUGCGACGACUCCGAGUCUACGAUGAACAGAUCCCUCUGCUGAGACAACACAUACUGGCAGUGAGUCCUGCUGCUGGGAGAGGCUGUUCCUGUGUUUCUGACGGUGCGUCUAGUCAUCGCAAACUGUCCACCAGCUCCAAUCCGGACUGGCCAAAGCGAUCCUCCAGUCAAAGUCCUGCAGGUACUCAGGGUGAAGAGACAGGGGGUGCAGACGCUCUUUCCAACCAGAAUGACAAAGGAAGUCCUUCUGUGUCUCCAACAAGCUCCGCUGUGCAACAGAAACCAAACCCAGUAAGACUGGAUGCCGGGACCCAGACCGACGAAUCCAUUGUGCGCUACCUGCAGCACAGCGGCGUCUCGCGACAGCCAGCCGUUGAGCUGUACGAUGGGGAUCAGCAAGCCACGACAACCGUGGGGCAGAAGGGUCGCCUGACCCGAAUCCAUGAGGUUGAGAGCCUCUCCUUAGAAGAUGCCUUGAUCUCAGACACCACGGUGUUGAGGGAAGCUGUCGAAAAGACCCAGACCAGGCCAGCUGAGGACAGCCAGGGUGAACCCUGGACCAGGCUGGUGGAAAAAGAUCACGAGAUGAUCAAGCCCACCCACCUGAGAGGACUUCAGGAUUAUCGUGCUCCGAUAAUCCGAGAGCAGGAUUCGGGACGAGGUUCUCCAUGCAAGAUGAGCCACGAUGAACCUGUGGAAGAAGUGAGGGGAUGUGAACAGAGCGAGCUGGUGAAGAAGGAACACUUACCCAAGAGCAGCUUGGAGGAAGGGGUCAGGCUGAAGGAGGACCAGAGCCAUCCGUCUCAGCAGCAUUCCACUGCCUCGAAGAAGGAGACUGUCCCCUCGACCACACACAAGGAACAACACCCCAGUCCCAAGACUGGCACCAUGUCCCCAGUGUCUGCCAUCAUGGAAUCGGAGAAAAAACUGUUUCGUCGGAACAGCUCAUCCGACAAACUGGCCAAAGAGCAGCAGGACAAAGCCAAGCAGAAACUGGGAAAGAAAGCAGUCUCCUCGACUAACCUGCUCACGAGGUCCCCAAGUGUCGAGAACCGGACUAAAGACCUGGUCUCCAGUUCAGGGUCUUCAGGAUCCAGAAGAGGAACCUACAGUCAAGGCUUGUCAAUCAAGAUGUUCAUUCGUGGUCGACCAAUCACCAUGUACAUCCCGUCCAACAUCCAGAACUAUGAGGAGCUGAGAAUGGAGCCGCCCACAGAGAGGCUGGAGCUUGAUUGGGUCUAUGGUUACCGGGGGCGGGACUGCCGCGCCAAUCUGUACCUGCUGCCUUCAGGAGAGGUCGUCUACUUCAUUGCCUGCGUGGUGGUGCUGUAUCACAUCGAUGCAAGGACCCAGAGACACUACCUCAAACACACCGACUGUGUACGCUGUCUGGCCGUCCAUCCAGACCAGGUGCGUGUGGCGACUGGACAGACGUCCGGAGUGGACAAAGAUGGAAAGCCUCUGCAGCCGUUUGUGAUGAUCUGGGACUCGGGGACACUGGUCACGCUGCAGCAGAUCGGGCUGGGUUUCUUCGAGAGGGGGGUGAGCUCCGUCGCCUUCUCCCAGAUUGACUCUGGUGCUUUCCUGUGUGUCAUCGACGACUCCAAUGAGCACAUGAUGUCUGUGUGGGACUGGGCCAAAGGUGUCAAGCAAGCAGAGAUCAAGAGCACCAAUGAAGCCGUGUUUGGCCUGGAGUUCAACCCUGCAGACAGCGGGAACAUCAUCACCUGUGGAAAGUCCCAUGUGUUCUUCUGGACCUGGAGUGGGGGCGCUCUGACCAAGAAGCAGGGCAUCUUUGGGAAAUACAGGAAGCCCAAGUUCAUCCAGUGCUUCGUGUUUAAUGGGAACGGAGAUGUGCUGACAGGAGACUCGGAGGGCAAUAUCCUGACCUGGGGCAAAAGUGCAGCGGACAUCAAGACACUGGGUAAAGGGGCCAAAGAAACCUAUCAGAUCGUGAGGCAGACCAAGGCUCACGAGGGCAGUAUCUUUACCCUGUGCCUCCUGCAGGGCGGCGCUCUGCUGAGUGGGGGGGGGAAGGAUCGCAAGGUGGUGCGCUGGAGUGCAGACCUAGCCCCUGAGAUAGAGGUGGAGAUUCCUGAGCAGUUUGGAGCGGUGCGUACCAUUGCUGAGGUGAAGGGGGAGGAGCUGCUGAUUGGUACGACCCGGAAUGCUAUUCUCAGGGGUAGUUUUUCGGAUGGAUUUGUCCCAAUUGUUCAGGGUCACGUGGAUGAGCUGUGGGGUCUGGCGACCCACCCCUUCGAUAACGUCUUCCUGAGCUGCGGGCAUGACAAGCAGGUGUGUCUGUGGAGUGGCUCCCAGCACUCCCUGGAGUGGAGCACAACACUGGAGGAGACAGGCCUGUGCGCUGACUUCCACCCCAAUGGAAGAGUAGUGGGUGUGGGGCUCAAUACUGGGAGGUGGGUGGUCCUGGACAUUGAGACGAAGGACAUUGUCUCCGACUACACUGAUGGGAACGAGCAGCUUUCGGUGGUCCGAUACUCUCCAGAUGGGAGUUACCUGGCGGUGGGGUCACAUGACAACUUCAUUUACAUCUACACCGUGGCAGAGAAUGGCAGGCGCUACACGCGCUUUGGAAGAUGCACGGGUCACUCCAGCUUCAUCACACACCUUGACUGGUCUAAAGAAAGCAAAUUCAUCAUGUCUAACUCCGGAGACUAUGAGAUACUCUACUGGGACGUGAAGGGGGGCUGCAAGCUGCUGAGGAAUCGUUUCGACAGUAAGGAUCGCGAGUGGGCCUCCUACACCUGUGUACUGGGAUUCCACGUCAUUGGGGUGUGGUUGGAGGGCUCAGAUGGCACGGAUAUCAACGCCCUGUGUCGCUCACACAAUGAGCGAGUGGUGGCAGUCGCAGAUGAUUUCUGUAAAGUUCAUCUCUUCCAGUACCCCUGUCCCAAACCAAAGGCCCCCAGCCACAGGUACGACGGUCAUGGUAGUCAUGUGACCAACGUUCGUUUCACGCACAACGACAGCCACCUGAUCUCAAUGGGAGGCAAGGACACCAGUAUCCUGCAGUGGAGAGUGGUGAGAGUGGGGCUUGACCGGAGCAGAUCAGUGUCCUCCGCUUCCACCAGCUCUGUGGAGACAGGGAGCUGCGGCUGAGAGAGAGAGAGAGAGAGAGACACCUAGAGCACAGGAGGGGAACUGCAGCUGAACACUGGAGAAGAAGAUCCCCAUUCAAAACUGCUUGAAUGGGUUUUUUUUUUUCAGGCUGUCAAAAGAUUUUAAAGGGGAUUUUAAUAGAACGUUUUUACGCUGUUGGGAUGGAUUGGUGAUUUCUAAUGACCAGAACGAAAGAAGGAAAGUGAAUCAAAGAAAUUACUUGAUUACAAAAUGUGUAAAUCUGAGCGAACAUGCCUUCAUGACAGAGGGGUACAGUCCUUAAAAAAGCACAGCAAAGUGUAAUAAAGCACAGAGAAAGCGUGGUAAAGCAUAGGUAAGCAUUGUAAAGCACAGAGAGGUCUGAUAAAGCAUAGGGAAGCAUUGUAAAGCACAGAGAGGUAUGGUAAAGCAUAGGGAAGCAUUGUAAAGCACAGAGAGGUCUGGUAAAGCAUAGGUAAGCAUUGUAAAGCACAGAGAGGUAUGGUAAAGCAUAGGUAAGCAUUGUAAAGCACAGAGAGGUCUGGUAAAGCAUAGGGAAGCAUUGCAAAGCACAGAGAGGUGUGGUAAAGCAUAUUUAGAAACAUGCAGACCAUGGUAAGCUAUUACAGGUCAGAUGUACUGUGGUAAACUUUUCUAAGGGAGUGCUCUAACUCUGUAGCUUGGUUGCCUUGCUUGGGUUCUGCUGUGCUGUGCUGUGCUGCAUUCUCAAGCAGCACAGCGUUUUCAUGACUAUGCACAGUGUGACACUGAGACAUUGCAGUUACACUUUCCAAUGUAUUAAAAACUCAACAUUGCAGCUUCAAUCCAUUCUGGCUAUACAGUUGGGCUAAUCGCCUUUUAAAUGGGGCCAGUUAGAUUUUUGAAAAGCAUUUUUUUUUUUCUUCAGAUUUUGCCCUUAAUGUGACACAAAGCAAUUGCAGUAAAACUUAUAUAAAAAAAGAAAAAAUGAAAUAAAAAAAUAAGGUACUGAUUUGAAUCUAUUCUGGUUACUGAAUAAGGACUCAAAUUUCUUAAAAACUGAACCGACAAACUAUCACAAUGUGAGGCAACAUUUCUAACAGUUUUUGGAAACCAGUACUGAUAUAUUGAUAUAAUACUAGCUCUGUUAUAUAAGAGAUCUGGAAAUGUACAUUAUAUUUUUAACACCUUUUAAAGCAAACCUGUGUUUUCAUUUUAACAUGAUACCCGAUACUUUGUAAAUCCUCCUGUUUUAUGGUGUUUGCAAUCGUUCUGUGUGGUUCUGAGUUCUGCUGCUCUCAUAUAGAGCUCUUAUCAUGUUUCUAUAAAUCUGCCUGUACCCGUACCUUUGAGCUUGUCUGGAGAAUCCUAACUGCCAGGACUGAACAGCCUUCCUCAUUCCAUUCAAAUCAUGUGAGAGCGUGACCUUUCAACUUUAUCAGCCCGCCUACUCUCUGUCAGUAUAAAUGUAGACUGGAAGGGGCUGACAAAGUUGCUAGGUCAUUGUGUCGCAUGGUUCAAGUGGAAUAAGGAAGUCUAUUCAGUCCUGAUUCUUUAGACAAGCUGUUUAGUUGCCUGCCAGACAUGUGUAAUACAGGCUAGAUCAGCCAAAAUAUACCAGGAUGCAUCAGUACCAUCUUGAGCAGUGCAUUGCCAGCGUAACUAAAGGAAACGUGUUUCCAAGUUAGCAUAUAAUUAGAUAGCACUGGCUUGACUUUAAUAUAGACGUGUUGGCUGUAGCAUCUAUGGCUAGCAGCUUGAAGAGCAGCUCCAGGAGUCAUAGUCAAAGUACCUCGACACGGUGCUUGAGUAACGGCAAUAGGAAUCAUUCAGAGUGCUUUGCAGACACCAUACAACACGGAAACUCUUACAUGUUGUAUAAAAUAAAAAAAAGAUUUUUUAAAGCAUAGCA